AUGAACAGCUGUUACCUUCGAGAAUUUUCUGCUAUUCUGGCUGCAAUGACUAUUGUUGACAUGUUGAACAUCGUCCGUUUUGAUGAUCUCACCCCUCCACAUACCGAUUUUGAAUAUGAUAUUGGCGAGACCUUAGAAGGAAGCAAGUAUUUUAUCCCAAUUGUGGAUGUCGCGCUUAAGCCAAAGACGAAUGCACAAUAUGCAACUUUAAACGAUGCUGAAAGGAUGUACAGAGAUUACGCGGACAAGGCCGGAUUUGAUGUUCAUGUACAUGCAAAAAAAACAAACAAACACGGAAACAUUCAAAAUAGAUGGUUUGUCUGUAGUAGAGAGGGUAACCCAAACAAAAGGCAAUUUAAUUCUUUGGAUAUUCAGCCCGGUGAGAGGAGAUAUCGCAAUACGAACCUAAAACGUUGUGGUUGUAAUGCAUGUCUAAAAAUCCACUUGACGAAAGAUGGGGGUUGUUACGAGAUAUACGAGUUUGUUGAGGAACAUAACCAUGCGUUGUUUAACGUUAACGAUCGUCGUUUCUCUAGGAAAAAUAGACAGAUGAAGUAUACGAAUUUCAAGACUGUACUCAACAGCUCGAGUUACAAAGUCGGUGCGAGAAGGGCACAUCGUAUUCAAACGGCAUUGAACGGGGGGUUUGAGCAUACUCGAGUUUCAGAAAUUGAUUUCAAGAAUUUUAAGAGGGAUGUUGUUGCUUGUGUUGGGAACAAGGACGCAAAGAUGUUGAUCAAUAAACUAUCAAAUAGACGUGACGUUGCAGAUGAAGUCGCUAGGAUUAACUACAAAGAAUUUGGUGAUGUCAUAUCGUUUGACGGGACGUUUCGCACGAACAAGCAUGCCAUGAUUUUCGUACCUUUUUUGGCCGUUGACAACACAAGGCUUCCGUUGUCGUCGGCAAGCUAUCCCGAUGGUGUUUACGGAAGUCAAACACAGACUCUGUAUAUGGCACAUUAUGAAGAAAGUGCCUUCAAAGUGGUUGCCAUAUACACGCAGGUCAGUGUCGCACUAAAUCAAGAUCCUAAUUUUAAUAAAGUAAUCAACAAGCUCGUACGGAACAUACAUAUUGGACCAGCGGAGUUUGAGCGUCGUUGGCAUGAUAUGAUCGAGCAAUACAAUCUGGGGGGUGAUACUUGGUUCACAUAUAUGUAUGCAAUUCGACACUCGUGGAUUCCUGCCUUUUACAAGGACACUCCAAUGUCUGCUAUAGAGAAGCCAAGAUACAGACAAUCUGUUCAUGAAACAGUAACGAGAACAACUAAUCCAAAAUUUGUUACUCCGUUGCGUUUAGAAAGUUAUGCAUCAAGAAUAUACAGUCAGAAUGUGUUUUUUGACAUACAAAAGGAGAUAAAGAAGGCUGUAUGGUGCUGUGCUAUAGAGAAUGUCGAAUGUCGGGAUGUCUUAAAGACAUUCGUGAUAAGCCACAAGAUGAAGAAAUCAUCUGAGAACCUCACAUAUCUGGUAAACCGUAAUUACUCAACAGAUACCGUCGAAUGCGAGUGCAACCUAUUCACGCGUAAUGGUUAUCUUUGUCGUCACGCGUUCAAGGUAUUGAUAAACGAUGAAGUUGAAUUCAUACCGGAUAGAUAUGUGUUACGACGAUGGAAACGACAGUUAGUUCCAGUACAGAUACAAUCUGCAAGGGUUCGUUACGGCGAGGUUGAUGCCAAAAAAGAAAAGUGCAUUAUUGAUGUAUAUUCGAAGGUUGACGAGAUCAUAAGCAUCGCCCGGAAUGAUAAGUCUAUAUUGGCUAGAUUGGAGAGAAAUCUCGACACAUUUAUGGUUGAUAUAGAGAAGAAAGUUCCAUAUGAAGACCCAUCUCAACAGAGGAUGGAUGCAAUUAGGGAGCAUCUAGGUGUUUCAAUACCGGAUGAGGUGGAUAUUCUACUACCUUCUGGCAUUAGGAACAAGAGAUGCGGGACUGGUAAAAGACUGGCAAUUUCGUAUGCAACGUGGAGACCCGUACAGCAGUGUUGCGCUACUGCAGUUCCACUGCAACUUCAUCAUGCAAUUUCACGGACUUGA